CAUACACAUACACACGUUUUUUCGGUGCCGCAUAUUGUUGUUUUCGAUAGCUGCAAGUGGGAAAAUAAAUACAGUUGGAAAAAAAGAACACGUUUCACCCACGAAAUUAAACAGUUUUUAAAAAACUGUCCUUUUGCCACCUAAAGUUAGAUUUGUAUUUGGUAUUCUCUCUUCGACAUGGGAGUACCAGCAUUUUUUAGAUGGCUUAGCCGAAAGUAUCCCAGUGUUAUAAUCGAAUGUGUUGAGAAUAAAGAAGUUGACCCAGAAACAGGCAAAAAUAUCUAUCCUGACUGUACUCUGCCAAACCCAAAUGGAAUUGAAUUUGACAAUCUGUACCUGGAUAUGAAUGGCAUUAUCCAUCCUUGCACACAUCCAGAAGAUAAACCCGCUCCCAAAAACGAAGACGAAAUGAUGGUGGCCAUUUUCGACUGUAUUGACAGGCUGAUGAAUAUUGUACGACCAAGAAAGAUUCUCUACAUGGCUAUUGAUGGCGUGGCACCCAGGGCAAAAAUGAACCAACAACGCUCCCGACGUUUUCGAGCUGCCAAAGAGUCUGUGGAGAAGCGCAUGGAAAUGGAGAGAAUUCGCAGCGAGUUAAUGGCCAAAGGCUGUAUUUUGCCACCAGAAAAGGAAAAGGGUGAACAUUUUGAUUCAAACUGCAUUACACCUGGCACACCGUUCAUGGAGCGUUUAUCUCAGUGUUUACACUACUAUAUACAUGAUCGUCUGAACAAUAAUCCUGCAUGGAGAGACAUCAAAGUGGUUCUUUCGGACGCCAAUGUGCCUGGCGAGGGGGAGCAUAAGAUUAUGGAUUACAUUAGAAAGCAAAGAUCACAGCCGGAUCACGACCCUAACACACAACACGUUCUGUGUGGCGCGGAUGCCGAUUUGAUUAUGUUAGGUCUAGCCACUCAUGAGCCAAACUUCACCAUUAUAAGAGAGGAGUUUUUGCCCAACAAACCAAAGCCUUGUGACCUUUGCAGUCAAUUUGGCCAUGAAAUGGACAAAUGUACCGGGCUAACGCCAGAGGGUGUUACUGACGUCUCCAAUUUCAAACCCGAUGUACCUAUUGGAGCGGAAGUUAAAUUUAUAUUUGUACGUUUGAGUGUUCUAAGGGAGUAUUUGAAGAAGUGUUUGGAAAUGCCCAAUUUGCCCUUUAAAUACGAAUUUGAAAGAGUCUUAGAUGACUGGGUUUUCAUGUGCUUCUUUGUAGGCAAUGAUUUUCUGCCCCACCUUCCCUCCUUGGAGAUAAGAGAAGGUGCUGUUGAUCGUUUGGUGGAGCUCUAUAAGAAAUGUGUCUAUCGCACGGGAGGCUAUCUCACUAACUCUGGUGAAGUGAACUUGGAUAGAGUGCAAUUGAUUCUCACCGAUUUGGGAAAUGUCGAGGAUCACAUUUUCAAAGAUCGACAACGUCGUGAAGUGCAAUUCAAGCAGCGCGAAAAGGCCAAACGUCGUAGAGAGGCCAAUUCAUACAAUGCAAAUGUUAUGGAACAAUCGGGCUCCUUCAGGCUGACGCCUUUGGGCAGAGGUAAUGCAAAUCCUCUGCCUAUAAUUGAUAAUUAUAAGCAGAAUGCGGCUAAUUUAAGAAACACCAAUUCCACACAAGCUGGCAUGGACCAGAGAGGACAACAUGCGGGCCAGAAAAGGAAUGCAGCCCAGGCUGGUUUGGACGACGAUAACGAAGAUGAAGAGCAUGCAAAUGAUGAGGUUCGCCUAUGGGAAGACGGAUUCAAAGAUCGUUAUUACGAAUCGAAAUUUGAUGUGGGUCAGGAAAAUCUUGAUUUCCGGUACUCCGUGGCUCUUCAAUAUGUCCGAGGUCUAUGUUGGGUCCUUAAAUACUACUAUCAGGGAUGUGCCUCUUGGGAUUGGUAUUUCCCAUACCAUUACGCACCAUUUGCUUCGGACUUCGUCAAUAUAUCGGGGUUGUCAACCAGCUUCCCGAAAGGAUCUAAACCCUUCAAUCCUUUAGAACAACUUAUGGGCGUGUUCCCGGCAGCUAGUAGCAGUCACGUGCCAAAACCUUGGGCCACUCUAAUGCAUGACCCCCAUUCGGAUAUAAUAGAUUUUUACCCGGAAGAUUUUAAGAUUGAUUUGAAUGGCAAGAAAUAUGCCUGGCAGGGGGUUGCUCUACUACCAUUUGUGGACGAAAACCGAUUGUUUAAGGCGCUUAAACCUUUCUAUGGAAUGCUCACGGCACAGGAAAUAAAGCGCAACCAAAGGGGAGACUGUAAAUUGUAUAUAAGCCGUGGAAAUGAAUUCUUCAAAGCUUUCACACAAUACUACGCCACAAACGCCUUUUCUAAAACACCCGAAAUAAAUGUGCUUAUGGAUGGCAUGCGCGGCACCAUUUUGUUGGCUGAUGAGAAUGUACCUGUUCAAGGUACCCUUCACUCACCCAUAAUGGGUCUUUAUGAUAUCACCGAUAAUGAGGUGAUAACGGUACGUUUUAGAGAUCCACAAUACGACGAGGACUUCAUAUUCCCCGCCAAACGUCUAAACAAUGCCAUCGAUCCUCCGGCCGUGCUGGCGCCUGAGAAAAGGGAUUCGAACUACAAACCCCGAAUUGGUUUCAACAAUAAUCUGCCACAAGCCUAUGUAACGCAAGGUGGUCAUCGCAUGCUGAACAACACCAUGGGACAACAAGGUGGCUUCAACAAACAAUAUAAUGCCCAAAGUUUCAACUAUGGCAACACAAAUAGUAACUUCAACAAUAGGGGUGGCAGUGGGAGCAAUUUUAGCAGAGGCAGAGGAGGUGCUGGUGGUGGUAAUGUUUACGGAGGUGGUGGCCGAGGGGCUGGGGUGAAUACCGGUGCACAGCGAUUCCACCCAUACAAUCAAUCGGGUGGGCGUUUUGGUUCUUCCAACCAACCACAACACCAACAACAGCAUCAAGCACAAGGACGUUUUCCACCACAACAGCAAGGAGGAUAUGUUUCAUCUUCAUACCAGAAUCGAAACUAUCAGCAACAGAAUAAUCGCCGGCCGAACCAACAUAACUUUUCGCAAAACAACCAAUACAAUAAUAGUGGUAAUAAUAAUUGGUCAAGAGGUGGCGCUGGCGGUGGCGGUAACAACAACCAUCGUAGAUAUUGAAAACAGUAAUUCUUUCUAACCUAAGUUAUUUUAUUUUUCUCGUCCAUUCUCAUUUUCAAUGUUUUUUAUAGCUGGAACUUGACAAAAAUUAUUUACAAUUAGGUUUUUGUUGCUCCAAUGAUGCUCUUUUCAAAUUGAAAAGAUUUUUUUUUGUUGUGUUUGCUACAAUGCAAAUAGGAAAGACUACUUUCAAGAGAGUUGAAGUCCCAUAAUAAUUUACAAAAUUUUGUAUACAAAGGGAACUGAAGAGAGAAAUUUAUAUAACAUGAAAAAUGAAAAGAAAAGAAUUACUGUAGGCAAACAUUAAAUCUAGACAAUAUCUUCUAAAAGUACAUUUCGUUGUUUCAUUGCUUGCUUCGGAACCCAGAAUAAUGGUUGAAAUUGUAUAUAUUUGAAAUAGACGUACUAAGAGCUGUACCGAUUUGCUCUGACUUCCGAUAGGCCUACUUGAUCGUUUGGUGCAAUUUUUUUUUGCGAUGAUGGGACCCUUAUUCCCGAAUUUGAAUAUCAGAUUCGUACUUAACCCUCAAAGCAACAUAAUAUCCCGAUCGGGCUACAAAAACUCAGUUCGUUCCUCCUAUAAUAGAGCAACUCUCAUUUAUAUGGAUGAAGUCGUCCUUUGGGGGUUUUUGUUUUUUUAUUUAAAAUAUAUUUUUGUUAAACAUAUUUUUUUAUUAUAAACAAAUUGAAAAAAGACUAUUAAAUGUUCUUUUGCUGUAAUGAAUUCCCAACUUAUAUCAUGUACUACUCGAAAAACGGGACGAUUUAAAAAAAACACUUAUCAAUUAUUACAAACGAUAGAACCUUUAAGGCUGCUUAGGUGCAUUUGGCAUAGGUUCACUCGGAAAGGCAAGCGUAUAAGCAUUUUUUUUGAAACAUUUUUGGGUAAGCAUUCAAUCCUUUCUCCAGUUAGGCAAACCAAACCAUUUCAAUCAUUUGUUUACUAUUUAAGAAGUUUAAAGUUUAUUUGAAUUAAAACUCAACCAAUUUCGUAACUAAAGUUUUUCGUUAAACAGUUUUCAUCAUAUUUUCCCUUCGCGAAAGUGAAGUGAAUUGAGAAUGGACGACGUUUUUGAAUUAAAAUAAUUUAAAGACCUAAACAAACACAAAUUUAAACAAAUCAACAAACACUGGUACGAUUGUAAUCGUAUCAUAUGUAUAAGUAUGUAUGAACAACAAGCGACAUCAUACUUUUUUACCUUACUUAAGUUUAGACUAAGCUUUAGUUUGUAAAUGAUAAUGAAAAUAUAUAUCCUAUACAACAACAACAACAACAAAAAAAAAACAAAUGCAAUUAAAAAGACUCAGAUCACUUUGAUGUUGUCUAGAGCAUAUUAGUACAUACAUCAUAUAGAUGUUGAUUUUGUAACCUAAAUAUUCAAGGGUUUUAAUAAAGAACAUUAUAUUAAAAUUGUAA